AGUCGUUUUAACCCAACAUUAUGCUUGUUAUUUUGAUUUACUCAUAUUUUAUUUAAAUUAGGUUUCAACUCACCAGCAUUCCAUAAAUAAACGUGGGCACCCAGAGCUACGGCUAGAAUAUUUCCAGCACUCCAAUCCAUCAGAUUUAAAUAAUAGUCAUCAACAAUAUCGGGAGCGUCCAAAAUUCUAUCAGGAGCAUGUGGAAUAUACCGAUUAUUGCUCUUAACAGAUGCCGGAGUCUUAGUUUGAGUAUAAAUAACGCGCAUGGGGUUUUGAAAACCGGCUGGGGCUGUCGGCGGCUUAUUCGUUUCUUUCUUCGUGGGACUGUCAGAGGAAUCUUCAUCUUGAUUCAGUUUGUAAUGAGCCAAAUCGAAAUUACUCGUGCUCCUGACUGGAAUAAAACGAUCCGCCACUGGUGUUUUCGAGAUUUUGUUCGGUGUCGGAGUUUUCGAACCGUUUGAUCGGUUCUUGUUUGGAGUUUUUGAUGGGGUUUUUUUAGGUUUUACCACCACUUCACCACUUGAACCGGCGGCUGCUUUUGUAGGUGUUUUUGUAAUUGAUGUAGAAAAGGACUUUUGCUUUGAAGAGUUGAGACUUUGAUUAAUGCUUGACUGGUAAUUUUCUUGACCUUUACGUUGCCAUCGGGGUGGAGGACCUUUUGUUAAAGGACCUUCCAUUGUCACCAAAUUAUUCAUUUCCGUCACGAAUUUAAAUUGUGACAUUGUAAACUAAACACAACUAAUAAAAUACACAAAACACCAGUUUAUUCAAACAAACAUCAAAUGAGAUAAGAGAGGUAAAAACUACUACUCUAGUGUCAGAGGAUCGAAGACCGUUAGAAUUAUCUUUUGAAAAUUUCAAAAAGAAAUGAAUGUGUCGUUGCCAACACAUAAACACAAAUAUUACUAAGUCACUUUUGUCAUAUUAUUAUUAUCUAAGUACAACCACAUAUAUUUCUUGGUUUUAAAUAAAACGAUAAUUAACGCAUUCUUUAUUAUAUCAAAGUAAUAACAUUUAUAAUAAACACUACUGAAAUAAAUAAUUUUGAAAAAGAAUCCCCAACGCACAAACUGUUGGCGACUCUGUUACCAUCAUGUGUCAAAAAUCAAAACACAUGUGACAGUGUUUUAGGUUAGAAAAAUAGGUUAUUAAAACAAAUUUUCUUAAAGCAAAUUAAAUACAAAGUGUUUUCUUAAGAUUUAAGUAAAUAUGGACAAGGGCCAUUUAUGCAGUCAAGUUGCGCAUAAAAGGAAAUCAAAAAUUUGUCGAAAAGACAAAAAAUGGAAAUGUUCAAAACUCACGAUAAGUAACUUAUUUCAAGAAGUCAGUUUUGAUUCAUCGAGUGACGAAAAUGAUGUGUCUUGUCCCCCUGAAAAACCUGAAUUCUUUACCUCCAAAUUCAGUAAAAUUUUAAAUCUAAAACCGUCAAAGUCUGAAAUUGAAGCUUUUGAAAAUGGACUAAUUUCUACUAAAAGCACAGAUUUAUCUAUUUCCGAUAAUGAAUCUUGCAAUUUGGGAGAAUAUAGUUUUAAGAUUUCAUCAGAGGAAGAAGACGAAGAAGAAAAUUCUUAUUUACAUAAUUCAGUUGUUGAUGAAUUUAAAAAUGAAACUGUAUUAAAUAAAAGUUCCGAAAUUGUGUCGGUGAAUGUGGGCAGUUUAGGAAUUGAAAAAAGUGCCACUAAAACUAAGACUCGAGUUGUGUCAUGUGUAGAAAAAGAAAAAAAUGAGAAAACCUCCGUUUCACAACCAAAAUCUGAAACUUUUAGUAAAACAAACGCUCAAUAUUAUUAUACAACGGAUGGAAUUGUUGUUGUAUUGGAGAGAAAUGAGACCGUUUAUAUACAUGGUCUUUGUUUACUUUCAGUUUUACAUGGCGAAAUUGAGAUUUUAGGCCACAUAAUGAAUAAAAACAGUGCAGAGGCUAAAGUGUAUUCACCAAGAGGCACUGCUCUCCUCUAUUUAAAAAAUCAAACAGUUUCUGACGUUCCUGCAACUAAUUAUUUACUCAAUUUAAAAAUUUCUAUUAAAUUAACACCAAACUGUGCUGUAGUUCUUUGCAAAUACUUGCACGACCCAAAUAUACUUUUCAUAGAGAAACAUAUUUCUCAACAAAUUCUCCCGAGAGGCGAAAAUAACACUUUACCGCGAAUUACAUUUGAUCCAAAAGAAGGAAAUUGGAAUUUGAUUAAAACAGAUCAAAAUUGGGAUAAAAUUAUUGAUGCAAUAAAUUCUCAUACGAAAAUGAUAAUUUGUGGUGGGAAGGGUGUAGGAAAAACAACUUUUUUGCGUUAUACACUAAACAGACUUUUAAUGAAAUUUAAAAAAGUCAGAGUGAUUGAUUUAGAUCCAGGUCAAUCUGAGUUUACAGUUCCAGGUUCUAUUUCACUUGUUGAAAUUACGGAACCUGUUUUUGGAGUCAACUAUACACAUUUGCACAAAACGCAGAGGUCGAUUCUUUCAAAUAUAAAUAUUGCCUAUGAGCCUGAUAAAUACAUUUCAAGUGUCAAGUUGCUGUUAAGAGAACAUUUUGAAGAAGAAAUUCCCACUGUAGUAAAUUAUAUGGGUUAUACACAUGGAAUGGGCCUUAAUAUACUUUCAGCUGUAAUUGUUCAUGUUCAGCCAACAGACAUUUUACAAAUUUGUAGUCGUGAUUCAAAGAAAAAUUACAAAUGCCUUUUAGAAGAGGAUUUUGUAAUGGAAAAUGCAAAAUUAUUUGUUCCUGAUUUGAACAUCAUCCUUCAUUAUAAUUUACAUAAAAUUGAGUCAAAGUCUGAUGAAAAUGAUGGUUGGACCGCUGAGCCUAGACAAUUGAGGGAAAUGAGUGUCUUGGCUUUUGUACGCGAAAUGAUCAACUCUGAUUCAAUUUACAAAACGUAUAUCCCAUUAUACAGGAUAGGUUUAAAUGAUAUUAAAAUAAGUGAUUUGAAUGGGAAUGACAUUCCUCCGGCGGCAAUAAAUGCAUGUUUAGUUGCAUUAUGUAAACAUGAAGAUGAAAAAAUGCCAAUUUUUGAAUGUCUUGGCUGGGGUAUUAUUCGAGGAGUUGAUAUAAUUAAUAAUUUUUUGGUGUUACUAACAUCACACAAGUUGGAAAUUUUAAAUAAAGUUAGUCAUUUGGUAUUAGGUGGAGCUGUUUUACCCCCAUCGAUACAUAUGACUCCAGAUGAAGUUACUGGACUCAUGCCUUAUGUGAUGGAAGGAGUUUUAAUGUCAUUUGGACAAAUAACAAAACGCUGUAAAAUAUCUGUCAAGUAAUAAAAAGUCAAUAAUUCAAAA